GAAAAUGUUUUAAGAGAGAGUACAAAGUCCAAAUAAUCUCUGUCUCUCUACCAACCCCAUGCUCAUCUUCCCAUUCUCCCCACCCACCCAAACUCUCCUUUCCCACCCACCUUGUUCCACUAUAAAUUACCUCCGCCCGCCCAAAACCAGUCUCCGGUUCCCGGAAUGGACUUGGUUUUGGAUUCUGGGGCGGCGAAGAAGAUGGAUGGGGCGAGGAAGAACUCGACACUCAUUUGUGCUCCGAUAAUGGCGGACACUGUGGAUCAGAUGAUGGAUCUGAUGGGUAGGGCGAAAUCAAGUCAAGCCGAUCUAGUUGAAGUCCGAUUGGAUAGCUUGAAGAGCUUCAGUCCUCUUCCAGACCUCUCCACUCUGAUUCAACACUCUCCAUUGCCUACUCUGUUCACUUACAGGCCGACAUGGGAAGGUGGUAUGUAUAACGGGGAUGAAAAUAGCCGUCUGGAUGCACUUCGCUUGGCAAUAGAGCUCGGAGCUGACUAUAUAGAUGUUGAGCUCAAGGCUAUUCACAAGUUUAACAGUUGUCUUCCUGGGAACAACCAUGGAAACUGCCAAGUAAUUGUUUCAUCUCACAAUUAUCAUAACACACCAUCGGUUGAGGAGCUUGGAGAUCUUGUAGCGAGGAUACAAGCAUCAGGAGCUGACAUCGUGAAAAUUGCAACCACUGCAUUGGAUAUUACUGAUGUAGCCCGUAUCUUUGAAAUCACUGUACACUCUCAAGUACCAAUAAUAGCCAUGGUCAUGGGAGAGAAGGGUUUGAUGUCUCGCAUACUUUGCCCGAAAUUUGGUGCCUAUCUCACUUUUGGUACUCUGGAAGCUGGAAAAGUAUCAGCUCCUGGGCAGCCAACUAUUCAGGAUCUUUUGGAUUUGUACAAUUUCAGGCAGUUAGGACCAGACACAAGGAUAUUUGGCAUUAUUGGGAAUCCUGUUAGCCAUAGCAAAUCGCCUUUACUGUACAAUGAAGCUUUCAAAUCAGCCGGGUUCAAUGGGGUCUUUGUGCAUUUACUGGUAGAUGAUGUUGCCACUUUCUUCCACACAUAUUCAUCGUUGGAUUUUGCUGGUUUCAGUUGCACUAUUCCUCACAAGGAGGCUGCGCUUGAAAUUUGUGAUGAUGUGGAUCCAAUUGCCAAGUCAAUAGGGGCUGUAAAUUGCAUAAUAAGGAGAAAUACAGAUGGGAAGUUGUUUGGUUGCAAUACAGAUUAUGUUGGUGCUAUCUCUGCUAUUGAGGAUGGCCUGCGAGGUUCGCAUUGUGCUCCACUUGCCAGUUCACCAUUGGCUGGAAAAUUAUUUGUGGUAAUUGGUGCUGGUGGUGCUGGAAAAGCACUAGCAUAUGGUGCAAAAGAAAAAGGAGCUAGGGUGGUUAUAGCUAACCGUACAUAUGCUCGAGCCAAAGAGGUGGCAGAUGUAAUUGGAGGACAGGCUUUGUCUUUUGCCGAGCUUAGUAAUUUCCAUCCGGAAAAAGACAUGAUUCUAGCAAACACCACCUCCAUUGGAAUGCAACCAAAAGUUGACGAGACCCCAGUUGCUAAGGAAGCCUUGCAAUACUAUUCACUUGUGUUUGAUGCUGUCUAUACACCAAAGAUAACUAGAUUAUUAAGAGAAGCUGAAGAAUGUGGGUCAAAAAUUGUAACCGGUGUAGAAAUGUUCAUUGGGCAAGCAUAUGAACAAUACGAAAAGUUCACAGGAUUGCCUGCUCCAAAGGAACUAUUUAAAAAGAUAAUGGAAAAAUAUUGAAUCCUUCGGCUUCACGCCCAGCUUGAAUGUGUUUCUUGAUAAUUCUUGUAUGUCUCUCUCAUAAAAAUUUGUUGCAUCACUACUACUACUACCACCACUAGUUCAUUCUUUUAGUAACUGCUGGGAUGACAUUCCACAAAUCUUAGCUUUCUUCUAGGAAAUUUGUAUCUGGUCUAGCAUGGUCAAUGUAAUUGCCCCUCACUGCUUUACUGGUGAUUCUUUGUGAAAAUAAUGUUAUCUUUGUACCAUUUUUUCUUCUCAUUUGACUACAAUAUAUGAAAAAGACAUUG